AUGUUUGGCAAUACUUUGGGACAUGGAUCAAGAGGUGUAUCCAACUCAAUAGCUUCUCCAGGAAUUUCUUCCAUCUUUGGAGGUGUGACUACAUCUGUAGAAAAGCCAACACAAGCUGCAUCUUAUGCUGCUGCUGGUGCAGGAGCUCAUGUAUCACAGUUGAGACCUCAGACUCAAGAGAAGGCUUCGGUUAGGUACACUCCUACUUUCUCUUCCAAUGCAUUUGGCCAUGCUGAUUAUGCUGCUCCUCUGAGUUCAAAAGGGAAUACAGGUUCAAGAGGUCUCACAUCAGCUGGAAACAACGGAAUAAGUAAAAAGACUCAAAACACCUUUGAAUCAACAGGUGGAGCCUCUGGAAAAUCAGCUCAGCCUUGGGAUGUAAAUGCUUACAAAGAAGCUCACAUUGCUCCAGCUGGGUCCAAUUAUGCAGUUGGCCCAGUCAAAGAAGUCCCUAAGAUUGGUGGGGCUGCAUCCAGCAACUGGGAUAACCAAACCGCAAUCAGACAUCGCAAAACUCAGUCUCAACUUGACAAAGAAGCUUUCAAGCUUGCUGAACAAGAAACAGCCAGACUUGCAAAAGCCCAAGAGGCUGCCGAAAUUGCCAGGAAGAAAGCUGAAAGAGACGCCGUCAACAGAGAAAUGAACCAGACUCUCAGUCAGAUCAACGCUCGCAAGAGAGCAGACUGGGAGGCCAAGAAGAGCGACACCACCAAUCUCCAGCAGACUCAGCAGCUUGGUCAUGAAAUUCAAGAACUCAGUUUCAAGAGCUUGCAAGACAGAGUCAGCACUCAGCAGCAAUACAGACAAGAACUCAGCAAAGAGAAAGAACAAGCCACCAGAGCAGCAUUACAGCAGAAAGCAGGGGACAGAGAGCUAGCCAAGAAGCUGCCUGGGUUGGUCUUCGAAUGCUAUCAGAGAGACCCAGCAAUGAAAGAUCAGACCAAAGAGACAGGUCGUUACCAGAAAGACCAGAUCAGCGAAGCCAACUGUAGAAAGCAAAGAGAAAAGCAUGACAUAAGUUGUCCUCCUGAAGUAUUUUACACUGACAAAGAACUGGCUGAGUUGAGAGCCGAAGCCGAAGCCAGAAACCACGAACUCAAAUCUUUCACUCAAAGUGUAGCCAAUGAUCAGCUGCGUCAACACAGAGCCAAAGUUCAGUCUGCUCAGAGUUCGAAGAGAAACACGAUAUCACAAGAACGAGCUCACCUUGACAAACUUCAGCGACUCGAACAGCAAGACAAAGAACAUCGCAGGAGGACCAAAGCUGACAGAAACCAAGAAAUGAACUCGACUCUGGCUUCGAUCAGUCAAGCCAAAGCUGCUGCCUGGGAAGCAGCCAAGGCUGACGCCACCAACAAGCUUGAGACAGAACAGCUCCAGAGUGAAAUUGCUCAGCUCACUGAAGCCAGUCAGCAAGAGAAACUCAGACAGACAUCUGAGUACAGAGACGAGUUGCACGCUCUCGCAAGAGCCAGACAGCACAAAGCCUCGCAAGACUUCCACAAAAUCCGCCACGAAGAAGCCAGCUCCAAUGGACUCGUGUUCGAGUGCUACGCUAGAGACCCAGCCAUGAAGGAGGCCCACAAGCAAACUGGUAGCUUCCAGCAACAGCAGAGGCAGCUGGAGGCCCUCAGGAAGAAACAGGACAGAGAAGCCGCCAUCCAGCCUCCUCCUUCGCUAGCCACUGCUGAGCAGCUCGAGCAGCUGCAUAGCGAGGCGAUGAGUCAGCACCUGGAGCGCAAGCUCGACCUGCAGAAGCUGAUGAAGACACAGUAUGCAGAGACUCAGAAGCAGAAGGCCGCUCAGCUGCACAGAGACAAGGCCCAGAGCCAGAAAGAAGCAGCCAGAGCUGCAUAUCUGGACGAGAAGAUGGCUCACUUCGAGAAGGAGGCACAGAGGGAGGCCAAGCAGAGUUACUCUCACUUCUUGAGCGGCCAGCUUGCAGAGGAGAAGAGAAGGAGACAGCAAGAAUGUGAGGAGAGGAGACACGAUCCGAACAUUGAAAAGUUGGCUGAAGAGGGUCAAACAAUGGCUGAGAAAGUUGCAAGGUAUAAGGCUCAACUUGGACUAUAA